GCAUUGGCCCAAAAAGGGAGACGUCAGGCAGCGCAUAGUAAGCGCGUCUGCAGGAUGACAUGCUCGCAAGCUUCCUGGGAAGACCGACUCACGCUCGAAGAAACAUUCGGGUACUUAGAUCGCUGGCAACAAUGCCAAUUGCGAACCUGCUGCGUCAGCAUCAACGCCAGCAUCGUCAGUGACGAGGGCUUUCGAGUAUUGCUGCUGUCGAUUCCGAGCAGACUGGAUGACCCAUUAUACGAGUCCCGGAUACUUUUCCUGAAAAUCCGCGAAGAGGCUGCGCGGGCUUCAGAGGCUGAUCGACACGUAGCGGAAAGGCAUCUCCGUGCGGCAGAGGUAAUCAGGAGUUUAAUGGGCAAGAUUCUGAACCAUCUGCGCAUAGACGAAAGCACCCUGCGGGCUCGAAUUCCCGAGCCAGACAUAGGCACCAAGGCUUUCCCUCAGACAGCUUUUGUGCAGAUCCUAAAGGAUGCCCCAAAACAAACCCCAAGCGUCAACGUGGACACUCUGCUAGCUUUCCAGUCUGCAGCUUGGCACGUCCUGCAGUCUGUCCGAUGGCUCGAAAGGUGGUACGAGGAGCACGAAGUUUGCAGCACUUCGAGCGAAUCGACCUUGCCCAGCUGCAAGGCUGAGGACAAACAGGAUGACUGGGACAGCUGGUCGGAGUUCAGCUCUCUGACGCCUGGCUGGAGGCUGUUGAUGCAUUGA